AAGGCGACACAGUUCAGCUGAAGGUGACCGGCCUAACAUGAGUGAUCUGAGGAUUGUUCUGCUGGGGAAAAAUCUAUCAGAAAAUAGCACAGUGGGAAACGUCAUCUUAGGAAGAGCAACGUUUGAGAGUGAAGCACCGUCUGCUGAUGUAGAGCUGCACAUGGAGAGAGGAAAACUGAAGGUUAGAGAGAUUACAGUGAUCAAUUCUCCUCAACUGCUGAUCCCAGAUCUGUCCAGCUCUCAGAUCACACAGGCAGUGAUGGAGAUUGUGAAUCUGUCUGCUCCUGGACCUCAUGUGAUCAUACUAAUACUGCUGCAGAAUCACUUCACUGAGGAAGACAGAAACAGAGUGCUCAAUGUGCUGAAUGAAUUCAGCGAGGAAGCAAUCAAACACACCAUAGUGCUGACUAAAGAGGAGGAGAUUAACAAUGACUGUAUUCAUCAGUUAAUACAGGAAUGUGGAGGUGGACAUCUUCAGUUUGAUGAACAAAAGUCUGGAUGCCAAUCUGAAAUACUUAAUAGGAUAGAGAAGAUUCUCAAGGAAGAAGAGGUGGAGCUUCUUAUUUGUGAUGUUAAUGAAGAAACAAGAGAAACAACAGCGGAUGAAGAGCAAAGCAGAUCUGAAGGGUCAAUUACACUAGAAGAAGACUUUUCUGUUUUGGUAUUGAUAAAUUAAGCAGCGCAACAAAGAAAAAAGCAUCAUCGCGCUAUCCAAAGCAAAGUUUGUACAUAUUGUUAACAAGAUUUACAAGUAAUACACAUACAGUGUUUCUGGAAAGUAUUCACACUGCUUAACAUAACCAUGUACAGCCUUAUUCCAGAACAUUUUUUUUAAUUUAAAAUUAUUUGUGGGCGGCACGGUGGCUCAGUGGUUAGCGCUGUCGCCUUACAGCAAGAAGGUCGCUGGUUUGAGUCCUGGCUGGGUCAAUUGGGUCUGUGUGGAGUCUGCAUGUUCUCCUCAUGUUGGUGUUGGUUUCCUCCGGGUGCUCCGGUUUCCCCCACAGUCCAAACACAUGCGCCAUAGGGGAACUGGGUAAACUAAACUGGCCGUAGUGUGUGAAUGCGAGAGUGUAAGGGUGUUUCCCAGUACUUGGUUGCAGCUGGAAGGGCAUCCACUGCGUUAAACAUAUGCUGGAAUAGUUAACGGUUCAUUCCGCCGUGGCGACCUCUGAUAAAUCAGAAACUAAGCCGAAGGAAAAUAAAUGAAUGAAAAUCAUGUGUAAAAUUAUAUGUACAUAGUUUUCUCCAACUGUAGGGUAUUUUAUACUACAAACUGUGGUGACAGUUUACUGCAGUAAAAACUGAAGUAUACCACAGUAUUCACUACAGUUCAUUAGUUCACUAUAGUUAGAGGACCACCGCAACUGGCCCACCUUUACUCUGCCCUGUACCAACUGUGGGCCUGUGGCAUAAUUCCCCCCUCCUUUCUUCCUCCAGCACCAGUUAGGGAUACAUUCUAUAUGAGGGUUGGAGGUUACCGCCGGUUUAUCAGAUGGCCACUCCCCUUUCCUCGAUGUUUCAUUGAUUUAAGCCCAUGACACAUCGGGAAGGCUUGACAACAGAUGCAGCUUCCUGGAUCCACUCCUGCUGACCACCACCCAACUCUAUGAUGUGGUUUGUCUUUCAACAGGUUCGCUCUUUCACCGAACCUCUCUUUGUAGCCAAAUCUAGCGAGAUGUUGCUUCUGCCUCUUCAGUGACCUUGCUGGCCAGUGACUGCCCCAUAAACCCUCUUCAACCAACAUUUUCUCUACCUCAACAUUAAUACUACAGUAUUCUUGUAGAUACUACAACAUUUACAGUAUAAUACACUUUUGCUAUAGUAUGGUUAAAAAACAUAGUACAGAGGUGUACAAACACAGUCCUGGAGGGCAGGUGUUAAGCUGAGUUUAGCUCCAACUUACUCUAACACACUUGCCUGGAAGUUUCUAGUAUAUCUAGUAAGAGCUUGAUUAGCUGGCUCAGGUGUGUUUGAUUUAGGGUUGGAGCUAAACUCUCCAGGACACCGGCCCUCCAGGACAGAGUUUGGACACCCCUGCUAUAGUAUAUUUACUAUAAAUGACUGGUAUUUUUAUGUGCGAAUCAAAAUUUGUGUUUUUUUGUGUUAUAAAUUGGUCUACUGAGAUUUGGCUUUUUUUAAAACUACAUUUUAAGCUUGUUGCAGGAAUUUUAAGGUUGUUUUUAUAAAAUAAAUAAAAACGGAUUUCCGAACAACAGCUUUUGAGCUCUUUCGAGUCAUUCCAGUGGAAAGUAAAGCCUUUAAGCGUGGUGUUUAGAGAGAAUAUAUUGUUUAUUAUAUUGUGCUAUAGGAAAUACAUUUUUGUGAAGCAUAAUAUCAUUUACUCAACUGAAACAGAUUCAUUUUAUGGAAUAAAUCAAUUGACUCUUUUUGAUCGCCACCAAGGUGCACUUGGCUUAAAU